AUGAUCACGACCUGCAACGACUGCAUGAAGCGGCAUGUGCUAGCGAUUGGCACUGUGGAUCAGAACACCUUCACGACCAUGAUAAGGUCCCUGCCCGCGGAGACGAAGACGUGCAUACAGGCCAACCCUACCUCGAACGAUGCUCCCUACACGGUUGUCCACCCCGACACGCUCAAGCUGCUAGACUUAGACGGCUGCAUGAUCAGCAAGUUGCGCGGCUUCAGGGACCAGAACGGAGAAUUGAUCUACAACUGGAAAAGCACCUGA